AUGGCGGCGGUUAUUGUGGGAGAAACACUCGUCUCAGCUUCUAUGGAGGCGUUGUUACAAAAGCUUAUUUCCACUGAUUUCCCGGAUACAGAGGUUGACCUUUCAUUGUUGAUAAAGCUGAAGAAAACACUGGCGAGGGUUCAACCUUUACUUCAUUAUUAUUUCCAGGACACCAAAUGGCUGGAUUCGCUGAUAGAUCUUGCCUAUCAAGUUGACACACUGUUUCACCAAAUCAACACUAAGGAAGCUCCGGAUCAAACCCUAACUCUUGCUACUAAGGUGCGAAACAUGUUUUCCUCUCCUUUCAAACACUUUCAUGAGGUCAUUCAUUCUAAAAUUCUAGAUCUAACUGAAAGAUUAAAACCUUUAAUUUUGAGAGGAGAACGAGAUGGAUUGGAGUUUUCUAAUCGCACCCAUGUUUGGGAUGGAGCACCUACGAAUUCUGUUUUGGAGCAUGAUUCUUCUAUUUAUGGAAGAGACGCGGAUAUUCAGAAACUUAAACAUCUUUUGUUGUCUACUGAUAGUGAUGGUGAUAGUAAAAUAAGAGUGAUUUCUAUUGUUGGUAUGGGAGGGAUUGGUAAAACAUUCCUUGCUAAACACCUUUACAAUGAUCCACAAGUAAAGGACAAAUUCGAGUUAAAAGUAUGGGCAUAUAUCUCAAAAGAUUUCGAUGCUGUUAGAGUUUUUGAAACCAUUCUUAAAUCUAUCACUUCACAAUCAAUUAGUAAUGGAAACCUGAGUUCUCAAAUUCUUAAAUCUCACAUUGCAAAAGGAGAAUACACCAUUUACCAGAAUCUUCUAUUAGUGUCAUUGCAACAAAUUUCAAAUACUUCCAAAUUUUUGCUCGUGCUGGAUGAUGUGUGGGAUACAAAUUCUAUUAAUUGGAUCAGUUUGAUGGAUACCUUUAAUGCUGGGGAAAUGGGAAGUAAAAUCAUCAUCACAACACGCGAUGAAACAGUUGCAAGAUCCAUGCAAAUGAUUCUCUCUGUCCACUAUUUGAGGCCUCUACAAAAUGAAGAUCUCUGGUAUUUACUUGUCAGAUAUGCAUUUGGACCAUGUAAUGACCAACACGUAUCCUAUCUAGAAGAAAUUGGUAGGAAAAUUGCAAAAAAAUGUGAUGGGUUACCAUUAGCUGCAGUAGCACUUGGGGCUGUUCUUUACGGCAAAUUGUUUUCAAAUGACUGGAAUUCUGUGCUAAAAAGUAACAUUUGGGAAUCGACAAUUCCUGAGUUGUGGAUUGCAGAAGACUUGGUAGGCUCGUUCACAGGUCAGGAAAGAUGGAAAGUUGGAGAAGAAUACUUUGAUGUACUCGUGUCAAAAUCAUUGAUACAACGGCGGUCUACUGAGAACAAGGAAGAAAACUUUGAAAUGCAUAACCUUGUCCACGACUUAGCUACGAUGGCUUCAUCUCCAUAUUGUAUCAGGUUGGGCGAACAUUACCUACAUGUAAUGGUACAAAAUUUGUCAUACAAUCGAGGGCUAUAUGACUCAUUUGAUAAAUUUAAUAAGUUGUAUGGAUUAAAAUAUCUACGUACCUUCCUAGCAUUGCCAUUACAAAAACAAUCGCCUCGUUGUUUGCUUUCAAACCAGGUAAUCCAUGACUUGUUGCCUACAAUGAAACAAUUACGCCUGUUGUCUUUGUCCAACUACAAGAAUAUCACCGAGGUUCCCAAGUCUAUUGGAGAUUUGUUAUACCUGCAGUACUUAAAUCUUUCUCACACUAAUAUUGAAAGGCUGCCGUCUGAAACAUGCAACCUUUACAAUCUGCAGUUCCUGUUGUUAGGAGGUUGUAAAAGGCUCACUGAAUUGCCUGAGGACAUGGGAAAAUUGGUAAAUCUUCACCACCUUGACGUUAGUGACACUUCUUUGAAGAAGAUGCCCGUACAAAUAGCCAAACUAGAAAAUCUACACACUUUGUCCGACUUUGUUGUCAGCAAACAUAAUGAUGGAUUAAAGGUUGCAGAUUUGGGAAAAUUUCCUAACCUACAUGGAAAACUUUCCAUCUCACAACUACAAAAUGUUAAUGACCCCUUUGAAGUAGAUCAAGCCAAUACAAAGAUGAAAGAACAUAUAAAAGAAUUAGCUUUGGAAUGGGACUAUGGUAGUACUUUUCCAGAUUCACAAAUAAAAAGUGCAGUACUUGAACAUUUACAACCCUCAACAAAUUUGGAAAGUCUCACUAUCAAAGGUUGUGGUGGAAUCAGCUUUCCAAAUUGGUUAGGUGAUUUUUCAUUCAGAAACAUGGUGUAUUUAAAGAUCUCGAAUUGUCAUGAUUGUUUAUGGCUUCCACCCCUUGGACAAUUAGAAAAUCUAAAAGAGCUCUUUAUUGAAGGGAUGCCAUUAGUACAAACAAUUGGUACUGAGUUCUAUGGAAGUGAUAGCUCUUCAUUUCAACCGUUUCCCUCCUUAGAGAUCCUACACUUUGAGGAAAUGCAGGAGUGGGAUGAAUGGAACUUAACUGGAGGUACGUUUAUAAAGUUUCCUAGUCUCAAAACUUUGUCACUAAGGAAGUGCCCGAAACUGAUAGUAGGAAACAUAGUUGACAAAUUUCCUUCCUUAACUGAACUUGAGUUAAGAGAAUGUCCUUUACUGGUUCAAUCAAUGCAUUUAUCUGAUCAUGUAUUCCAGCAACUGAUCUUCCCUUUGAGUUCUCUUCAACAAUUGACCAUAGACGGCAUUCCAUCUUCAAUGUCUUUUCCAGAAGACGGUCUACCAAAAACCUUGAAAUUUCUCAUAAUCAAUAAUUGUGAAAAUCUAGAGUUCCUUGCUCAUGAAUACUUGUCCAAUUACACAUCGCUUGAGGAGCUGAAAAUAUCUUAUAGCUGCAAUUCAAUGACAUCAUUUACGUUGGGUGCUCUCCCUGUCCUCAAGAGACUGUUUAUUGAGGGUUGUAAAAAUCUGAAAUCAAUAUUAAUUGUAGAAGAUGUGUCACUAAAGAGUCUCUCAUUUCUUAGAAGCAUCAAAAUAUGGGAUUGUACUGAAUUGGAGUCAUUUCCCCCAGGUGGAUUGGCCACUCCAAACCUUGUUUAUUUUGCAAUAUGGAAGUGUGAGAAGCUUCCUUUACUGCCUGAAGCAAUGUACAAUCUAACUAAUCUUCAAGAAAUGGAAAUUGAUAAUCUACCAAAUCUUCAAUCGUUUGUCAUAGAUGAUUUACCUUACGCUUUGCGGGAACUGACUGUUGGCUCUGUUGGAGGGAUUAUGUGGAAUGUUGAGCCAACUUGGGAACAUCUCACUUGUCUUUUAGUGUUGCGAAUUAACGGUGGUGAUGGUACAGUGAACACGCUGAUAAGGUCAUUGCUACCUGCAUCGCUUGUGACAUUGUGCAUUCAUGGUCUUAAUGAUACAAGCAAUCAUGGGAAAUGGCUUCAACAUCUCAAUUCUCUCCAAAACCUUGAGAUUGUUAACGCUCCCAAACUCAAGUCGUUGCCCAAAGGAUUGCCUUCCUCUCUUUCAGUACUAAGUAUCACUCGCUGUCCAUUAUUGGUAGCAACAUUGCGGAGGAAGCGAGGGAAAGAGUGGCGUAAGAUUGCUCACAUUCCUUCCAUAAUUAUCGACGACGAAUUGAUCACAUAA